AUGCACGACGCCUUUGAACCGGUGCCGAUCCUAGAAAAGCUGCCUCUGCAGAUCGACUGUCUGGCUGCCUGGGAGGAAUGGCUGCUUGUUGGAACGAAACAAGGUCAUCUUCUUCUCUAUAGGAUUCGGAAGGAUGUUGGUUGCAACAGGUUUGAAGUGACAUUAGAGAAAUCCAAUAAGAACUUCUCCAAAAAGAUUCAGCAGAUCCAUGUGGUUUCCCAGUUUAAGAUUCUGGUCAGCUUGUUAGAAAAUAAUAUUUAUGUCCAUGACCUAUUGACAUUUCAACAAAUCACUACAGUUUCCAAGGCAAAGGGAGCAUCACUGUUCACAUGUGACCUCCAGCACACAGAGACUGGGGAGGAGGUGUUGCGGAUGUGUGUGGCUGUGAAAAAGAAGCUGCAGCUCUAUUUCUGGAAAGACAGGGAAUUUCAUGAAUUACAGGGAGACUUUAGUGUACCAGAUGUGCCCAAGUCCAUGGCAUGGUGUGAAAAUGCUAUCUGUGUGGGUUUCAAGAGAGACUACUACCUAAUAAGGGUAGAUGGAAAGGGGUCCAACAAAGAGCUAUUUCCAACAGGAAAACAGCUGGAGCCCUUAGUUGCACCUCUGGCAGAUGGAAAGGUGGCUGUGGGUCAGGAUGAUCUCACCGUGGUGCUCAAUGAGGAGGGGAUCUGCACACAGAAGUGUGCCCUGAACUGGACAGACAUCCCAGUGGCCAUGGAGCACCAGCCUCCCUACAUCAUUGCCGUGUUGCCUCGAUAUGUGGAGAUCCGGACAUUUGAGCCAAGGCUUCUGGUCCAGAGCAUUGAAUUGCAAAGGCCUCGUUUCAUUACCUCAGGAGGAUCAAACAUUAUCUAUGUGGCCAGCAACCAUUUUGUUUGGAGACUCAUUCCAGUCCCCAUGGCAACCCAAAUCCAACAGCUUCUCCAGGACAAGCAGUUUGAAUUGGCUCUGCAGCUUGCAGAAAUGAAAGAUGAUUCUGACAGUGAAAAACAGCAACAGAUCCAUCACAUCAAGAACUUGUAUGCCUUCAACCUCUUCUGCCAGAAGCGUUUUGAUGAGUCCAUGCAGGUCUUUGCUAAACUUGGCACAGAUCCUACACAUGUGAUGGGCCUGUACCCUGACCUGCUACCCACAGACUACAGGAAGCAGCUACAGUAUCCUAACCCGCUGCCUGUGCUCUCUGGGGCUGAGUUGGAGAAGGCUCACUUAGCUCUGAUUGACUACCUGACACAGAAACGAAGCCAAUUGGUCAAGAAGCUGAAUGACUCUGAUCACCAGUCUAGCACCUCCCCGCUCAUGGAGGGCACUCCUACCAUCAAAUCCAAGAAGAAGCUGCUGCAAAUCAUUGACACCACCCUGCUCAAGUGCUACCUCCAUACGAACGUGGCCCUGGUGGCCCCCUUGCUGCGCCUGGAGAACAACCACUGCCACAUCGAAGAGAGCGAGCACGUGCUGAAGAAGGCUCACAAGUACAGCGAACUGAUCAUCCUGUACGAGAAGAAGGGGCUCCAUGAGAAAGCUCUGCAGGUGCUGGUGGACCAGUCCAAGAAAGCGAAUUCCCCUCUGAAAGGCCAUGAGAGGACAGUGCAAUACCUGCAACAUCUGGGCACAGAAAACCUGCAUUUGAUUUUCUCCUACUCAGUGUGGGUGCUGAGAGACUUUCCAGAGGAUGGGCUGAAGAUAUUUACUGAGGACCUCCCAGAGGUGGAGUCUCUGCCGCGAGACCGAGUGCUUGGCUUCUUAGUGGAGAAUUUUAAGGGUCUGGCAAUUCCAUAUCUGGAACACGUCAUCCACGUUUGGGAGGAGACGGGCUCUCGGUUCCACAACUGCCUGAUCCAGCUGUACUGUGAGAAGGUGCAAGGUCUGAUGAAGGAGUAUCUCCUGUCCUUCCCUGCAGGCAAAGCUCCAGUCCCCGCUGGCGAGGAAGAAGGAGAGCUGGGAGAAUACCGACGGAAGCUCCUUAAGUUCUUGGAAAUUUCUAGCUACUAUGACCCAGGCCGGCUCAUCUGUGAUUUUCCUUUUGAUGGCCUCUUAGAAGAGCGUGCUCUCCUGCUGGGACGCAUGGGGAAACACGAACAAGCUCUCUUCAUCUAUGUCCACAUCCUGAAGGAUACGAGAAUGGCUGAAGAGUACUGCCACAAGCAUUAUGACCAAAAUAAAGAUGGCAACAAAGAUGUGUAUCUGUCCCUGCUCCGGAUGUACCUGUCCCCACCCAGCGUUCACUGCCUGGGGCCAAUCAAGCUGGAACUGCUGGAGCCACAAGCCAACCUCCAAGCCGCCCUGCAGGUCCUCGAGCUGCACCACGGCAAACUGGAUACCACCAAGGCCAUCAACCUUCUGCCAGCGAACACUCAGAUUAACGAUAUACGCAUCUUUCUGGAAAAGGUCUUGGAAGAGAAUGCACAAAAGAAACGGUUCAAUCAAGUGCUCAAGAACCUUCUCCAUGCAGAGUUCCUGAGGGUNNNNGAAGAGCGGAUUUUACACCAGCAGGUGAAGUGCAUCAUCACAGAGGAGAAGGUGUGCAUGGUGUGUAAGAAGAAGAUUGGGAACAGUGCAUUUGCAAGAUACCCCAAUGGGGUGGUUGUGCACUAUUUCUGCUCCAAAGAGGUCAACCCAGCUGACACCUGA